AUGGUCAAUUUAUUGAAGUCUGGAUCAUAUGAAGUUCCUUCAAUUAAUCUAUAUCAAAAUAUGAUAAGUGAAUCCAUAGAAACGUGUGAAGCAUUUUUAAAAGACACAGUGAAAAGUCCGUUAACUACCAAACACUUCGAAACUUAUUCAACACGCAACGACCGUUAUCAUCUAUGGGAUGGUUCGAAGUCUUGUGAUAACUUCAAACAACUAAUUGAACAACCUGUCUGGUUGAGUGAGGAAGAGAAAUCAUAUCCGAUUGCAUAUUCCCUACUAAUUUAUGAUGAUGUUGAAUGGACAGCUCGACUACUGCGUUUAAUUUAUCGUCCGAACAAUCUUUAUUGUAUUCAUGUGGACAGGAAAUCGCCUGAAUGGUUUUAUGAGGAAAUUGUUAAUCUGUCUAGAUGUUUCGGUGCUAAUGUUCUGGUAGUGAAUCGAUCUGAGAGCAUCAGAGUAGUUUGGGGGCACUAUUCAGUAGUGGAGGGAUUUAUUGCUUGUUCUGAGUUGUUAUUCAACAACCCAACUGUUAAAUGGCAAUAUUUGGUGAACAUCAACGGGAAAGAAUUACCAUUACGAACGAAUUGGGAAUUAGUAGCUGCACUGAAAGCGUUGAAUAUGUCCAAUAUCAUUGAUUGUGCUAGAAAAAAUGCUCCUGAAGAAAGAAUACCCUUAAAACAACCGAAUUUUGUAGUGAAGUGGACGAAGGGUAGUUUCCAUGCCGCUCUAAGGCGAGACAUGGUUGAUUACAUACUUCAUGAUAAACGAGCUUUAGAAAUAAGAAAGAUUUUUAAAGAAGAAGAAAAUUUGCCGAAAAUUCCAGAUGAAUUGUUUUUCAGUACAUUGGCAUACAAUCCACAACUUGAAGCUCCAGGAGCAUGUCUCACGUGUCACGUAUCGAAUGGGCAGGAUCCUCGUGCGACAUUUGUUGCGCGAUAUAAAAUUUGGUGGCCAGCUUAUUGUGCAUCGAGACGCAUUGUUCGUGGUAUUUGUAUUUUUGGAAUACAACAUUUACAUAACUUCACACAAAGAACUGAAUUCUUCGUAAAUAAAUUCAAUCAUGGAUUUCAUGAAUUUGCAUAUGAUUGUUUGGAAUAUUGGAUUUUAAAAAAAAUGAAACAGGAACAUUUGUCAGGUGAAUUAGAUACAAAAUUUAACACAACAUUUUACAGCAGACUAUUCUGUUCCAGUGAUCACAUUUAA